CGUAAACCUUGAGUCAACAUGUCGGGAAGCGCUGUUAUUAGAGUUUUAUCUCAUCUAAACAGAACAUCACAAUUUCUACAAGCGAAAAAGACGAACUGUGUGAAUAUAAGACGACCAUUCACUGCAAAGCUGCAAGGUGAAGGUCGGAUCAGACCACUAGAUGGCGUUAAAGUCUUAGAUCUGACAAGAGUUUUGGCUGGACCUUUUGCUACUAUGAUAUUAGGAGAUUUAGGAGCAGAAGUGAUCAAGGUUGAGCGACCAGGCUCUGGAGACGAUACAAGAGCUUGGGGCCCUCCGUUUCUGGGUGAAGAGAGUGCAUAUUUUCUCAGUGUAAACAGGAACAAAAAGAGCAUUGCUGUUAAUCUUAAAGAUCCAAAGGGGAUCAAAGUUGUAACUGAGCUUGCCAAAAUCUGUGAUGUUCUGCUGGAGAAUUAUUUGCCCGGGAAGCUGGGAGAGAUGGGACUCGGCUACGAGGAGUUGAGGAAAGUGGCGCCGCGGCUCAUCUAUUGCUCUAUAACAGGGUAUGGACAGACAGGGCCCGAGUCACACAAGCCUGGAUAUGAUUCCAUUGCCUGUGCGGUUUCUGGUAUGAUGCACAUCACUGGUCCUGAGGAUGGGGAUCCGGUCAGACCAGGUGUCGCUAUGACUGAUCUGGCCACUGGUUUAUACACUCACGGAGCCGUAAUGGCAGCUUUGCUUCAGAGGCAGAAAACAGGACGAGGCCUUCAUAUAGACUGCAAUCUUCUGUCUUCACAGGUUGCUUGUCUAACUCACAUCGCUGCAAAUUACCUCAAUGCUGGGAUUGAAGCCAGACGGUGGGGAACUGCUCACGGGAGUAUCGUGCCUUAUCAGGGUUUCAAGACCAAAGAUGGAUAUCUGGUUGUGGCAGCGGGAAACGACCAGCAAUUUGUAAAAGUGUGCAAAGUUGUGAGCAGGAAUGAUUUGGCAGAAAACCCAAAGUACAGAAGCAACAUGUUAAGAGUGAAGCACCGCAGAGAACUGCUGCAGAUCCUGAGCGAGAGGUUCAUCGAAGAGACGACUGGAGAAUGGCUGCGGCGUUUCGAGGGCUCCGGCGUUCCCUGUGGACCCAUCAACAACAUCCAGCAGGUGUUCGAAAAUCCUCAGGUUGCUCACAAUGGCCUUAUUUUGGAAAUGGACCACCCAACAUCAGGAAGGAUCGCGGUGCCAGGUCCUGCCGUGCGCUUCAGUAGUUUUGAGCAGGUCGGUGCGAUGCCCCCUCCAGUGAUCGGCCAGCACACAGUCCAGAUUCUCAGACACACACUGGGAUACGGAGAUGAGGAGAUUGAGCAGCUUCUGGCCUCUCGGACCGUCACGCAGAAUGAGGUGCACUAACUGACUGAGAUCAGCCGAAAACACUGCCUGGUUUAAAAUAUAAUGUGAAUAAUAAUAAUAAUGUGAAUAAUCGUCCAUCAGAAAGAAAACUGCAUAUUUGCAAGUAAUGACAGCAGAUGAUUUUACUCUUUACUUCUGCUCACAAAUAUAAUGAUCAAUUCUAUAUGUAUAAUCAAAUGGAAAUACUUAGUAUUUAUAUACAUGUAUAUGUUUAAAAUCAA